AUUUUAUUUAUUUACCUUGAAAGAAAGCUCCCAGCCAGCGCGUCUCCCGCGCAGCAUCAAACCAAAAGCCCGACUCUAGGUACCUCCCUCCCUGCAGCCCAUGUGGGAGGAGCCUGUUUCCUAAAGAACGAAGUGUAUAACACUCUGCAGCCAGCCACAAUGUGUGUCAGAGGACUGUCUUUGCUCCCGAAGUAGAUGACUGCUCCAAAUCUGGUGUCUGUAUUACUGACUGCGAGAUACGAGAAAAAUUGGUUCACACAUUAUCAUCCCAAGUCAGGACGAGGUUUUUCGAUUGGGGGAUAGAAUGCCGGCGAUCAUGAGUAAAAACUCCGAUUUGGAGUUUGACUCCUUACAACCAUGUUUCUACCCGGAUGAGGACGACUUCUACUUCUGUGGUCCUGACUCUGCGCCACCGGGGGAGGACAUCUGGAAGAAAUUCGAGUUGCUGCCCACUCCGCCCCUCUCUCCGAGCCGCGCCGCGCUACCGGGAGAGCCGGCUGCUGCCUCCCCGGAAGCAGACCCCCUUGGCUUCGGCUUAGGGGACCCUCUGGAUUGGGCGUCCGAGCUGCUGCUCCUGCCCGAGGACGAUAUAUGGGGAGCAUCCGACGAUGGGGACCUAUUCGGUUCCGCUUUGGAUACAAACCCCAACAGCAUCAUUAUACAGGACUGUAUGUGGAGUGGGUUCUCUGCCAGGGAAAAGCUGGAGCGGGUGGUAACAGAGAAACUGGGUAAAGCUAUUUCCACAGCCACAGCAGGAGGAAGGAACGUGUGCGUCAAAGCGCCGGAGGUGGUCAGCCGCAACUCGGUAUCAGAAUGUGUGGACCCCACUGUAGUGUUCCCCUUCCCGGUCAACAAGAACAACUGCAGCAGGGACGCAACUGGGACCAUUAACACAUCCACAAUUCACGGGGACGCGCAAAGUGACUCCGAUGAGGACGACGAAGAGGAAGACGAUGAAGAUGAGGAGGAAGAGGAAGAAGAGGAGGAGGAGGAGGAGGAGGAGGAGGAAGAGGAGGAGGAAGAGAUUGAUGUUGUAACAGUAGAGAAGAGACGCUCCACAAUCAGCAAGGCAUCCCCCAUGGCUACAGGCACGGUCACCAUCUCUGUACAUCCCAAAAGUCAAGAUGGGAGAGGAAUUGUCUCAGGGUCCGGCGUGAUGAGUCGGUUCGUCAGCCGAGCUCCUCAGGAGCUCAUCCUAAAGAGGAGUUCAGUCCACCAGCAGCAACACAACUACGCAGCCCCCUCACCGUAUGCCUCAGAUGAUGACCCAAUCCCACCUCCAAAGAAGCAGAAGAUAGCAGAUGCACCACGCCCUCCUACCAGAACAACCUCUUCAUCCUCCUCAUCCUCCUCCUCAUCCUGCAUCUCAGUAACCGGCACAUCAGGGGCGCGCAGCAAGCGCAGCACCAGCGGGGACAGCAGUCCACGUGGCAGCUCCGACUCUGAGGACAGUGAGCGCAGACGCAACCACAACAUCCUGGAGCGCCAGCGCCGCAAUGACCUACGCUCCAGCUUCCUGACUCUGCGUGACCACGUGCCAGAGCUGGCACACAAUGAGAAGGCAGCAAAGGUGCUGAUCCUGAAGAAGGCCACCGAGUAUGUGAGCUCACUAGAAACAGAAGAGAUGAGGCUCCAGCAGGAGAAGGACAGGCUCCAGGCCCGCAGGCAACAGCUGAUGCGCCGGCUAGAGCAGGCGAGGACUCGCUAACAGACAACCGCUUCAACACAGAAACACUCUCAUAUACCCUUGACUGACCCUCCUUGUGCCCCCAACUCCUCUGCCUCAACUGAAUCUUAAACAGGAUUAGAUGCACACAUAGGCCUAGAGACUUAAGCACAGGCACAUGGGCCUGCAUAUCUAUUGUACACAUGCACAUACAAAAACAAAAUCUCAGAGGAUGUUCAUUUUAAGAUGCUUACAUACACCUGGAGGAGGGGAGGGGAGUGGGCGGAGGAGGUUACUGGAGGGAUGCUUGGACUUUCACUGCCGCCACUUUUUUUGCACAUUUGUUGACGUUAAGAAUGUUUAGGGUUUACUUUUUCAAUCCAGUCACAUCGAGGAACGAUAAAAAGAGAACAGAAUGAGGAAAGAGACACUUUUUAGUCUUUACCUUCCUCUAAUUUUUAUAUAAUUUCUAUUUGUAUUUUUUCUUCUUCUUUUUUUUUUUGUACUCACUGUGACACCAGCCUGGAAUCUGUUGAUUUCACAAAGGGGCGGGUGUUAGAGGGCACUUUGCUUGGAGAGUUCAUGUACAAGAAGCAGUGCACACUUACUUUGCCUUCACAACUGCAAAUCUCAAAAGACUAUAAUGACUGAGGCGUUAAGGGACACAUAAACAAAGCCACUACAGGUUCUCUUUCUCUCACUCCUCUCACACUGGUGCUCAAACCAAGUCAGUGGAUGUAUAACUGUGCACCUUGCUAGCCGACACUUUUGUAUAUAACAAUAGUGUACAGACAAAAUACACUCAGAUCUGCCUUGUUUUAUAACACUUUGUCCUUGGUUUUUUAUAUAUAUACAAGUCAGGAAGCUGCCAAUUACUAGACUGGAAGUUUAUAUACAUUUUAAAGUACUGUAAGGCCUCAAUUUAUGAGAGUCAUUUGUAAUAUAACAACAUAUUGUUUUUUCUUCUUCUUCUUUUUCUUUGUAUUGUAUCAUAUUACUAAUUCUACACACCUUUAUGUUUUUAGUGUGAAUCUGAUACAUACUAAAUUUGAUACUUAUAUUUUCGUAUGAAAAUGAGUUCUUGGUAGAUAUCACUUUAUCUUGUCAUUUUCUCUAUCUCAAAUAAGUCUUUUGAACAACAAAUGUGCUCUAUCUUUAUGUACCUGGACUUUGUUUUCGUUUUUUUUCUCUUUUGUUUAUAUUUCCUCUAUUGUUUUUUUUCUUUAAUUUUUAAAAUGUACAUUUAGUGCUGCAACUCAUAGCACUUUGAAAUACCUCAUUUUGAAAAAUAAAUAGACAUCAUAAAAUCCUGA